GGCGGGGCGGGGCGGGGCCGAGGCCCAGGAGGCGAGCGGGGCGGGAGGAGUCCUUGCCUUUGCCGCCGCCGCUGCCGCCGCCGCCAGCGGGAUUCUCUGAAACCCUCUGGAUUCUUCUGUGUUGGAACUGUUGCCAUGGAGACCUCCUGAAAUGCUACCUGGACCAGUGGCUUCCAAUUUAACUUCCAGAGAGAGAUCCCACACCCUAUGGACCCACAGGCUGGUUUUUCCAGUUUGCUACCCACCCCCCCCAGGGCAAUUUGCAUAUUUCUCCAAGAACCUUCAAGCAGCUGAACAGCCUGUUUUCAGACUUAGAGAAGGGAGGCCCGCAACUGUUUCCUGAAAUCUGGGUUUGGAAAUGGCCACACCGGAAAGAUCGAGCCAGAGGCUGCCUCUAGUACCCGAGCCAGCUGUGGAGGGGGAGUCGCCUCUGCCCACGGGCCGUGAGCUGGCCGAGGCCAACCGCUUUGCCUAUGCCGCCCUCUGUGGCGUCUCCCUGUCCCAGCUCUUUCCAGAACCUGAGCAUAGCUCCUUCUGCGCAGAGUUCGUGGCAGGCCUCGUGAAGUGGCUGGAGUUGCCCGAAGCCGUCUUGCCAACCAUGACUGCUUUCGCCAAAGGCCUGGGAGGCGAAGGCGCAGACAUGUUUGCUCCGAUUUUAUUGAAGGACCCCAUCUUGAAGGAUGACCCACUGGUGAUCGUUCAGGACCUUCUGAGCUUCUCACUCAAGGAUGGGCGCUAUGAUGCGCGGGCCCGAGUCCUCAUAUGCCACAUGACCUCCGUCUUCCGAGUGCCCUUGGGGGAGCUGGAUCUCCUUGAAGAGACAUUCCUUGAGAGCCUGAAGGAAACCAAAGAGGAGGAGUCUGAAACGGCCGAGGCAUCCCGGAAGAAGAAAGAAAACCGGAGGAAAUGGAAGCGCUAUCUCCUGAUUGGCCUGGCAACUGUCGGGGGCGGGACUGUGAUCGGCGUGACCGGGGGUCUGGCUGCCCCUCUCGUGGCCGCUGGCGCUGCCACCAUCAUUGGCAGUGCUGGGGCAGCGGCUCUGGGCUCGGUGGCGGGCAUCGCCGUCAUGACCUCGCUGUUCGGGGCGGCUGGAGCUGGCCUGACAGGAUACAAGAUGAAGAAGCGUGUCGGGGCCAUCGAAGAGUUCACGUUUCUGCCUCUCACGGAAGGCCGGCAGCUGCACAUCACCAUUGCCAUCACAGGAUGGCUGGCAUCCGGCAAAUACCGCACCUUCAGUGCCCCGUGGGCAGCCCUGGCCCACAGCCGGGAGCAGUACUGCCUGGCCUGGGAGGCCAAAUACCUGAUGGAGCUCGGCAAUGCCCUGGAGACCAUCCUCAGUGGCCUUGCCAACAUGGUGGCCCAGGAGGCCCUGAAGUACACGGUGUUGUCCGGCAUCGUGGCUGCCCUGACCUGGCCAGCCUCACUCCUCGCUGUGGCCAACGUCAUCGACAACCCCUGGGGUGUGUGUCUCCACCGGUCAGCAGAGGUUGGCAAGCACCUGGCCCACAUCCUACUCUCCCGGCAGCAGGGCCAGAGACCUGUCACCUUGAUUGGCUUUAGCCUGGGAGCCAGGGUCAUCUACUUCUGUCUGCAAGAGAUGGCUCAGGAGAAAGAUUGCCAGGGGAUCAUUGAGGAUGUCGUCCUGCUGGGCGCGCCCGUGGAAGGGGAGGCCAAGCACUGGGAGCCUUUCCGGAAGGUGGUGUGUGGAAGGAUCGUUAAUGGCUACAGCAGGGGGGACUGGCUGCUGAGCUUCGUGUACCGCACGUCCUCUGUGAAGCUCCGCGUGGCCGGCCUGCAGCCCGUGCAGCUGCGGGACAGGAGGGUGGAGAACGUGGACCUGUCAUCUGUCGUCAGCGGCCACUUGGACUAUGCCAAGCAGAUGGAAGUCAUCCUGAAGACUGUGGGCAUCCCCACCAAGCCAGGCUGGGAUGAAACAGGGCUCCUGCUGGCUCCAGGGAAUCUGCCCCAAGGGCAGCAUCACCAGGCAGCAGCCGCCUCCUCAUCGGACAAGGCCACACCCGGAGACAACCCCAAACUGGCCAUAUCUACCGACUCUAGCCAAGCCCAGGCGCCAACAGGACUGGACCAGUGUGAAGGACCCUCCCUUCCUGCCGCUGCCAGCCUGGCUGAGAGCGCCGAGAUCUGCAGCCACAGCAUGGGCCCCAACCCACUGGGCUGCCCCGAUUGUGCCAGCGAGACCCAGGGGCCUUGCCCAGGGCUGGACUGACCAUGGAAGGGGACUUGAGCUGCCUUCCCAGGUUCCUCCAUGUAGCACUCCCUUAGCCCUCCACCAGCUGCCCCACGUGAGCUCGGAAUUUCCAUCAGUGCCUUUCCCAAGCUGAAAGCUUUGGGACCGGAAAGAAAGGAACUGGAAGGAGGGGAGUCAAAACUAGACCGCUUCCCCUCCCCAAGGAAGCAAGGCCAGAGCCCUGCAGAGACAACCAGCACAGUUCAGAGCCCUAGGGACCCUAUCAGCCUUGGGCUUCCUGUAUUUCAGGCCACAGCUGUGGGGGCUGGCUGGCCAUCUGGGGGCCCAGGGGGCUCCCCCAGCCCCAGUAAAUCCAGGUAGAUACCUGCUCCUCCAUCCACACGCCAGGGCUGCCCGCCAGCCCACAGGCACCACUGAUACACCUACAGAGCGGGUAUAGGUGGGGAGCCAGCAGCUGACUGCUCUGAGGAUGUGCAAUCAGAUGUUCCUGUACAGUUGUGCAGGCUGUGCACUGCAGAACCCCAAGAGCAUGAACCACAUGGAUGUAUGUGAAGGGUACUCCCAGUUGUGUUAUGUGGCGCCCUGGAUGUAAGUGUCACAGCAUGUUGAAUAUAUGCUGAGUCAGCAUGCACUAUGGGUGAGAAGUGGGCCCGGUGACAAGGAUGAAUUACACAGGGGAAGAAUUUCCUAAAGCAGGAAGGGGAGAUAAUGCUUAUAAUAAAUAAUAAUUGAGAAUUUGGAA